AACGUCGACGCGAUUUCAGUGGGCCAUUGCUACGCUUUUGAGAUAAUGUUGAGAUUUUCAUUGUCAUUGUUAUUUGGGAGGGGCAGCAGACGGGGUUAUACAUUCAACGGCCUCGAACACGACAAAGCCUUCAUUUCCACGAAUCUGUGUCGUAAUACGGCCUUCUGGCGUCACCAAUUCAACCAGUUUUAGGAGACCUACAUAGCCUAACAAUCUCCACGUUUGUCAGAGCAUGUGAGAUCGACAAGACAGGCACACGCUGUUUCUACAUUUGAUUCUAAGAGUCUUUUGACUGCAAGAUGGUACCUUCAGCACCGUUCCGACGUUUUAUCAUCGAUUUAGUAGGUCUUGUGUGCGUCGUUUCCCUGCAACGAGUACACCUGAUCAAAGCAAAUAACGGUUUCCACGAACAUCACGCGUGCCUCCGUAAGUGCGAAUGGCCUCCCAACCCCAUGGUCUGCCGUUACGAGUUUACCGUCGAGUGGUUCUACACGAUGUCUACUGACUGUUUCGACUGUCCCCUCAACCAGACGCAGUGCUCUCGUCCACAGUGCAUUCCAGUCGACGGGGUGCCCCGCGCCAUCAUUGUGGUCAACAAGCAGUUCCCCGGACCAAGCAUACAGGUCUGUGAGCACGAUACUAUUGAGGUGAAAGUCCUGAACAACUUGAUCAACGGCGAGACUGUGGUGAUCCAUUGGCACGGAGUGCACCAGCGAGGGACGCCCCACAUGGACGGGACCCCUUUGAUUACCCAGUGCCCCAUCCAGUACAGGUCCAGCUUUACCUACAGGUUCAAGGCCGAGACGGUGGGCACCCACUUUUGGCACGCCCACGGGCCGCAGUUGGCUGACGGCCCCUUGGGGUCGCUGGUCAUUCGGCAGGCCGCUCCUGACGACGUGCACAGCGGCCUGUACCACCAAGACCUGGCCGAACAUGUCCUCCUCGUCCAAGACUGGACCCAUACAGUCUUCAUGGAACGGUAUAGCCAAGUGAUUUUCCAUGACGUCGACAUCACUCCUAACACCAUGCUGGUCAAUGGGAAAGGGCGGUCGGCCGGGUUCCCCGACAAGGCCUCCAACCGAACGGUGUACACCCCCUUUCACACCGUCCACGUCCAGCAGAAUACGAGUUACCGCUUCCGCACCAUCGGUGUUGUCGCUCUCGACUGCUUCUUCGAGGUCUCCAUCGACGGGCACAAUCUGACCGUCAUCGCCAGUGACGGGGCGCCGUUUGAACCAGUCCAGGUCAGGGCGUUCGGGAUCUCGAGCGGUGAGCGGUUUGACUUUGUCUUGGACGCCGAGGCGGAGGUGGGCAAGUACUGGAUACGGGUCAAGGGAAUAGAUUCAUGUGAGGAUAUGCAAGCCUUGGCGCUGUUAGUCUACGAAGGGGCGGCCCAUCAUCCCGAUCCUCCUGAAGAAGUGGUUUCGGAUCCUAGGGGAAUAAUUCUCAACCCUUUCAACAAGAAAAGCUCUAAGGAGUUUGUGAAUAUGCAUGAUAUGAUUGCAACUGGAAAAGACUACUGGACUGAGGAACAGACCGAUGUCGUGCACUAUCUUGUUUUGGGGUUCGAGCUCGUCAACAACGACAACUUCAACCACCCCAUUUACAACCCCGCCUUUGGCACCGACGGCGAUCCGUCCACCUUCAGGGGUAUUCCCUCCCCACAGAUGAACUACGUGACUUUCAAGCCCCCUUCGGCGCCCCUCCUCACACAGUCGCGUGAGAUCUCCGAGUUCGAGAUCUGCACCUUUGAGAGUACGCAGGCCGUCCAGGAGCAGUGCAGGCGGGACUUUUGCGAGUGCACUCACGUCCUCAAGGUUGCACUUGGCCAGGUUGUGGAGCUGGUGUUGAUCGACAGAGGUCAGCGGUUCUCCAGUUCACACCCCAUGCACCUUCACGGCUAUCGGUUCCAGGUCCUAGCCCAUGACAGGUUUGACGAAAUUAUUUCCGUUGAGGAGGUGAAACGCAUGGAUGAAGCAGGAAAUAUCACCCGUCGCUACCAAAUGGCGCCAAUGAAGGACACCAUACAGGUCCCGGAGAGGGGUUACGUCGUGAUCCGCUUCAAAGCAGACAAUCCGGGCUGGUGGCAGUUCCAUUGCCACACGGAGUUCCAUUUCCUGGCCGGCAUGUCCAUUCUGAUCCACGUGGGCACGGACGGAGAUCUCCCGCCGAUACCGCAGGAUUUCCCGAGAUGCGGCGGGCACUGGUACCCGAAGGAGGACCCUAUCGCCGGCGGUCGCCUGCCGACGCCAAGCGCGACGCCGAGCAGCGCCGCCCCGGGCCUCAACCAUGGAGGGAUUUGGGCUUCUGUUUACGUUGUGAUCGGAGUUGUAAUGGCACAACUCGUUUCGCGAAUGUUUUAAAGAUGUGUAGUGGGUUCAUGUUUUGUUCGCUUUCCAUUUAUUUUCCUGUCCAAUUAUGGUUUAUAAAAUGGCCUUGACAAAAAUUUUGGUUUGGCCAGGAUUGCUAUACAUUUACAUACUUUUGUGUAAUACAAAUUCGUUUCCCUUUUUGGUUGUUUCAAUAAAUUUAACUUUGUUUUUUAUUUAGAAUUUCCAAUGCCCCUUCUCGACAAGGACGCUGUUGAUAUGUUGUCAUUAAAGGAAGGUAAUGUCCCUUUAGGAACCCAUAACAUUUUACAGAGAAAUGUUUUGCGAAAGGCCUGUUGAAUGAAUGAAACACUGGCGAAAAUAAAUUAACUUCUGGUUGUAACAUUUCUUUUCUAGUAUAACCUCGAGUGAUCAUACAUUUUCAACUUUCGUAUUCCUCGCAUUAGUUGUCCAAUAAUAAUUUAUGUAGGCAUAUAGGGGCAAUUCCAGAAAUUAAGGGUCCAUUUUUUUGGUGUCCCGGCACAUCUGGCAAAUAACUUUGUAAGUUCAGAAUACAAUUUCUAAUUUCUAAUCUAAGUGAUGAAUUAAUGCAAAUUACCUGCCAAACAAAUAGUAAUAGUUGAAGUCCAUUCCAAUGAUAUUUCCGUGACUCUUUUGGACCCCUGAUUUCUGGAAUUAUCCAUUUCCAGAUCUUUACCUUUAGGUGGAUGUUUCGUGGUGUUGUCUAUAAAUAAAAAGGUUUUAUAAAAUCAGCAGAA